AAGGCUUUGAAGGGUGAGGGAGAUGUUCCAGUCAGUGGAGAUGAUGCUGCCGAUGUGUUGAAGAUCAUCGAGCUUGCUCAGACCUCGUCGGACACUGGAAACUCGCAAGCGUGGUAACUACCUAGUUGAUGAGAAUAUGCAUAAUACAAUUCAUGUUCAUUUGUAGCUCAAUCACUGUCCCUGAUGUCCUUCAAACUUCCUGUCUGUGGCUGGUUCACAUUCCCUCCACCAGUCCAUGCGUGUUGGUGUGACGCUCCAGAAAAGCUUUGGAAUUCGAGGCCGAUAUUAUAUUCUGACCCGACGUGGACAGAGAGGAACCUAAAAAACAUCACAGCGCACGUAGUAGAGCUAUUAGACACCACUGACAGAGACCGCAAGCUCUUGUCAAGCGGGCCACCCUGGCAAACAGCCACACCGCAUCUUCGAAGCCACCCGCCGGCCUGUUUCAUGUUUUCUCCUUUCCAAUUGACACAACAGAUAAGAAACUCAAAUCAACAAGCAUUAUAUCAAGACACUCGAUCCCACUUCUCAAGACCCAGACGAGAAUCAGUAACCACCAACACAAUGCGACCUCGUCCCGUCCGCCGCCCGACAAAGCCAAUGAUGAACAGAGCAAGGAGAAAGCCCCGUCGAAUGCCACUAGUCCUCCGAUUCGCCAAAGGCUCCGUCCACAGCGAUGUUCUACUCCCAGUGAUCCUCCAUGCACUCUUUGCAGCUUUGAUUGUGUACAUUGACGACUUUACACCAUACACACCACACCUUCCCGGCAGCAUUACGUCAUCGUUGUCGAUUGUCGUGGGUUUAUUGCUCGUCUUUCGCAAUCAAAGCUCUUAUGCACGAUUCUGGUCCGGACAGGAGAACUUGACGACGAUUUGUACAAAUAUCAGGAAUUUGACCAGGACUUUUUUGACGUGUUCUUAUGCUGCGAACAAGCCUGAGCCUACACCUGCUGAGAGGGCGGAGGUUGAAGAGGCUGUUCAUGCUUUACUGGCAGUUGUGUAUGCGGUCAAAAACACGCUCCAAUGGGAGUGGGAGCACAGUGUUGGAGCACCGGACCUGGAAGACAGCGGAUCUGGAUCUUUGAAGCCUGAGUUGAGAGAACUACUCGGACCGAAGAUGUCGCAGACGCAUGAGUUUGAAGGUCUCGGUCUUCCUGUUCAGCUCACCAUGUCCAUCGAAGCCUUUAUUAAACGCUCUCAUGAUAGAGGAUGGUUCCACAGUCCUCAGGCUUCCCAACUCUCGGUGCAGCUCAACUCGAUGGUCGCAGCUUAUGGCACUAUGGAGACCAUCCGGUUGACGCCAAUCCCGGUCGAAUAUCUCAUUCACACCAGACAAGUCUUGGCUCUGUACGGAGGUGUGCUGCCAUUCGCUUUCGUCGAGAGCAUGCAGUGGUGGACUGUCGUCCUUGUUUCUUUGAUUAUCUUCUGCCUUGAGGGUAUUGAUACAAUAGCUAGACAUCUUGAGAAUCCGUUCGGGUGGGACAAGGCGGAUAUCAAGAUGGACGAUGUCGUUGAGGAUUUGAAGAUCGAGGUCGGUGUGCUUCUGCGAGAGUGGCAGGCAAAUGCGCCGAUGUUUGGGCGUCAAGACAAGUAGAGCCUCUGAUGGACAUAGAGUUGUUAGGUCAUUCC